AUGACGCGUACAUGGUGCCCCGCCUUGAACGGGGAUGCGUCUCUGCAGCUGGAUAAGACACAUCUAAACAGGAAGGCUACUAUGCAUGACUUCAACAUUUCAUCGCAGUCUAGGAAAUUCACAAAGGAAAAUGCGGCUGUUGCCGCCGAAUGUGGUGCUUCUGUGAAACAGUUGUCCACCGAGCUAACACAGCGUUUGGGUUCCUGUAUUUCCAAGUUCAAUGCCUGUGUCGUUGCCUCGAGGGUCAAUAUGGCUUAUUGGCCGAGUUUCGAGGACCCCUCCGUCCUUACCCUUCACCAUGCAGAUAUUCCACUUGUGGCACACACAGAGGAUGAGGCUGAGAGUCUAGUAACAAAAGAAAUGCCUGUCAUCGCAUACUAUGCUUCGCAUAUUCUGAAGACACAAUCAGAAUUAGAGACACUUCCUGAUGUACAGCUGCCAGCUGACCAGAUCGUGGGUUUUAUUACCAAUGUAAUGCGCUUGGAGUCUCGACGGAAAAACUACAGUAUAUCGCAGAGCAUGCGGCGUAUGACACUGAUGCCCUCGUUUGCAGUGACAGUUUUCCUCACCGACGUGCUUGAGGCGUUAAACGUCAACCGUCGCAUGUUGGAACAACUACGUUCUGUUACGCUUGCGGGGGAGUUCAAGGAGGACACCGAAGACUUGGUGUUUGAGGAGUUUCUACAAGCAGCUCGGAAUCUCGCCGUACUAGAUGUCCCGCACACGGCACUUGUUCAGGUGGCAACGACCUUGAUGCCGUUACUCAAGGCUUCGACGGUACGGGUGCUUAACAUGGAGGGGAACGACUUGGGACAGGCAGGGAGUGAGGACGAGGUCAUUCCCUUCCUUGCGGAGUACCUGAAGGAAAACAAGUUCCUGCUUCAACUUAAUCUCAACUACAACAACAUUUCUGGGAGUAGCGCACUGUUGCUAUUGGAGGCGCUGGCUGCCUCCGACACGAGGUUCACGCCGCAGGAUCUUCCAGACGCGGAGAACGAGGUGGGGGACGAGGAGGCGGAGAGCGAUGUUCUCAACGAUCUAGAGUUUUUUAUUCCCCACCCGGAUGGGGACGAAGAAGAAGAAGAAGAAGAAGAAGAAACAGAGGAAGCGGAGGAGAGACUGGAGAAUGCAUUUCAACAAGGCACUAUAGAGAAGCGGAAGACGAAACAGUCAUCUGAUGAGGAGGAAGAAGUGGAAGAAGAUGAAGAAGAGGAUGAAGGUGAAGGCAAAGAAGCGCGGGCGGAGGAGGGUGAGGAAGAAGAGGAGGGUGAGGAAGAAGAGGAGGAUGAGGAAGAAGAAGAGGAGGAAGAAGAGAAACUUCCUCCUCAUCUUGUGAAGAAGUUUCAGCGUCUUUUUCAGAGUUUGUUGCGCGAGGAAAAGAAACGGCGUGUUGAUUGCGUGACUACAUACGUCAAUGAGGCGACUGUGCUACAGAAGGAGCACGAGGCCAUCCGGACCGAACUUGCAGAUGAGCGGCGUGCCAAGAUUGAGAAAUACUGCCAACGCCGCAGUGGCUGGUCGCACUUGCAGGUGCUUCGGCUGCGGGGAAACUCCAUCGGGAACGAAGGAGCAACGGGUGUGGCGGCCGUGCUCCGGCAUGAGGUGAGUCUGGGAGAGGAAGAAGUGGAACGUAUUCAAGCAGAACUCACUGACAAGGCAGAUGAACUUCUUGCCGGGUUGUUGUCAGGCAGGAGAGAGGUCUUCACCGAAGAAGUGAAUGAACGACGACGGCUGUUAAACGACCAUCACACUGCCUGGUCUGCACUUAAAGCAGUCUUAGCGGAGACGACGCGCACAGAGAAGGGUCAUGGUGCCGUUGUGCCACCUUCAGCCCUUUCCUUUCGGCCUUCAGUCGUGACUAUGGUUGUAGACGCUGAGCAUGAAGACGAAGAGGACGAUUUGGAAAAUGCUGAAGAUGAGGAAAAUAAUGAUGCUCAAAAGACUGCGAUGAUGCAUGUAGCAGGGGACGCCGACUUAUUCGACGAUGUGGACGAGUUCGCAGAGGAAGAUGCAGCACAGUUGGAGGAGGCACGUGGGAGCUGGGAGAUGCCCUUUCCUCCUACAAAACGCGGUCUGCAGUCGAUCCGUCUACUUGACCUUUGCAGUUGCCAAAUUGGGAGUGUGGGAGUCAGACGUAUCGGUGAGGUUCUCCGUGAAAAUCAGUCCUUGGAGGUUUUGUUGCUGAGAAACAACCACUUUGCUAGAAGGCGUGUCGCGCUGAGUGCCGCCGAGGAAGAUGCAGAGGAAGAGAAAGAGGCAGCGAGGCGUGUGGAUGUUCCGCAGUACGUCUCUCCUGGUUGCAUCGCACUCUUUGGGGCACUCUCGACAAAUUCGACGCUCAAGGUACUGGAUCUCGCGUACAAUAGUCUCUAUCCGGAAAGCAUACGUGCUUUGGCAAAGGCCUUAACGUCCAACACGACACUCCAUUCCCUUUCAUUGGAGGGAAAUUGUAUGGGAUUCAAUGAGUCUCCGUACCAAAUGGACCCCGCCGUGAUCAAGGCAACGGGAUACGCAGUGGAUGUCAGCAUGCUAUCAAGGCCCUCAUGUUUACUGGAGUUGCUUAAGUCUGUUUCACAGACUGGUAUCAGCACCUUGCUUUUAGGCCACAAUGAUCUUGCGCAGUGCUGGGCUGCUGAUGAGGUGGAGUUGUUGACGAAACUCUGCUACCGACUUCAUGUCCUGCAUCUGAACGGAAAUGGUUUGACGGCAGAACACCUUACACAGUGGGCGGAUGCCAUACGGUCAGAUAUGAAUUUCACGCUGAAGGAGUUGCAACUGUCACGAAAUAACCUGCAGGGCGAGAGUGGAGGGGUCUCUUUGGCCCGCAUUCUUAAUAGAUGCCAGGGAACUUUGCAGAAUCUUGUUCUUGAUGAAACAGAACUUGGCUCCUCGGGUGUGGCGUCUGCGUUUGCAUCAUUUGAAUCCUCCAUACUACAUUCACUGAGCAUCCGGAAGGCCGGAAUAAAGUCAGCGGAUGCCCUUCCGUCUGCUGUACUCAUUCCGCUUCGUCGUCUUGUUAUUUCGGACAAUCCUUUCAGUUUAAGCGAGUUGCUUGGGUUGAUGGAUUUACUGUGUGACACUGCAUCCGAGUUGAUGUGCUUGUCAAUAUGGAGUCGCGAGUUACUGAUGGAAAAAUAUCUCCCCGAACUGCAAGAAAAGGUCCGCCAGAUGCCACGACUCUUGUUUGUAGACUUUGGUGUACUGAAGCGUUUUGACGACGCGGUGGAUGCCGAGGACCCGCUUGGUCAACUGGAGGCACUUAUUGUUCAGCGCCACAUGUCACGAGUGGAUGCUAGUAUAGCGACUUGUGAGGCAUAA